CCAUUGUAGAAUAAGUAACGAAGUAUUUCAACUGACAUAUCGCAUUUAAUUAUCCAAUUUCUGAAGUAAACAUGGAAAUACAGUGGAACAAAAAGAAUCUGGAACGUCCAGCGAUGAACAUAUGGAUCACAAGUAGAAAUUCGAUUGAUCUGUCUAAAUUCAUGUCAGCGUUAGAUGCUGCGAUCAAAGAUCUAAAUUCGCAAGACCUGUUGCACAUAGAAGCGGCGGUUUUGAGUCGAUUGAUAUACAGAAUGAAGAGUAAAUUUCGCAACGACAAGGGUAUGAAAAAUAUGGAGAAGGUGAACAGAGCCCUUCUAAAUUACCUAGAAAUAAACUUGCUAAAGGAGUUCACAGAUAUAAGAAACUGUGUCGAGAUUGACAGUCUCGCCAUCAACUUACCAACCAAGCAAAUGGUUGAAUACCUUUUAGUGAGAACUCAAGGCUUUGCCAAACUCAUGUGCCGAGUUGAAAGUGUCGCUCGAUCAGCCGCACGGUUUUUCAAUGCUAGAAUCACAAUUGGACAUGCUUGGACUAUUUCAGUCGUUGCCUAUGCCGUCAUAAGCAGAGUUUGGUUUUUGUCAAGGUACUUGCUCAAGAGAUGCUGUUCAUGGUACAAUAAUAUUUACGAACACAUCAAUCAGUUCGAGGAAAUCGGCCCUGCCUGGCUUCCUGAGAAUAGUGAGCUUCCAGAGAAUUUGAAAAACUGGCUUGAUUUACCAUGGCUCGAUCAAGUCACAGACAGUGUUCCAUUGAAGGAUGAUGGAAAGGAAACUAUAUUUGGCCUGAUAAAAGCGCAAAUUGACGAUCCAAACGAUUCAAAGCUUGAAGACCAAGACUUUGAAUCAUCCUCAAUGCUAAUUAAAGCCUCUGACGACAUACUGACAAUAGACAAUGAAAUUCCUAAACAUGAGAAUAAAGUUCCUGCAGUAAAAUAUAAAAUACCGUCAACCGCAGACGAUAUCGGAUUGUCAAUAGAUCGUGAAACCUUUGAACAGAAUCGCAGCACAGAAGUUGAAAAUGCUGGGAAAAAAGUAAAGAAGAAAUCAAAGUUGAAGAGAAAAAUUGAAAACGUAUCAUCUCCAGAAAGAAAUUCACAAAAUCGUGAAAGCACGUCGGUAAAAUCCAAGUCGAAAAAGUUGGAGCUAACCGAAAUGGCUGUAGAUAUUUCUGCACCAAUUUCUAAAAAGCAGAAAAGAAAGAUUCGCAAAUCUCAGGCAAAAAAAUUAUUCGAACUAUCGUCUAAGAGUGUGAAUAAAAUGAAAAGACGAGAAGAAAGAGCAAAGCUAAAGAAUCUUCAAAAGAAACUGAAAAAACAAACUAAAUCUGACAAUUCGAACGGGAUAAAGAAAACAAUACUGAUUGAAAAAUCUAGUCGUCGUAAAGAAAAUUUAAUAACUAAAGUAGAGUAGACUCAUCUUUACAUCUGAUCUUUGACGAUGUGUGAUAUUUGUAUCUCGACUGAAAUGCAUAACUGAAAUAUUGUAAUUUCCAAAUUUUAAUCUAGAAUAGUAAAGUUUCCUGAAAUAUCGCACAUUUCUGCAUAACUUCUCAAGAAACUGAUAUUUUCCUUCGAAACUGUUUCGAGAAAACUCUGGAUUAUUUUGGAAAAACGCUUGGAUUACUUUUUAAAAACAAUUUCGACGUAUCAACCACUAUGCCCGAUUGGGAAUGAUGUAGAUAAUUUGGUAAGUCAAGCACACAAAUUUAUUUUCGACCGAUCAUUACUGUGCCAACAACAUUUUUCUGAAUACGGAAAAACAACAACUUCGUGUAAUAAAUGAAUAAAAAUAAAACAUCUGUUAUACUUA